GUCUCAAAGAAAGUUUCUUCCGAAGAUCUGCGGUGAAUAUAAGUGAGAGUUCGUGUGGUGAUAGGUGAUAAGGAUUCCGGAGGAAACAGUCCCACUCCAGGAUGUCGGAAAACAUUGUGGAGGAGUUGUGCAGGGGUCUGCCAUCGGAUCGUCUUCCAGAACCUAGGAAACGCUCUCCCGAUGUGCCUCAUGCACCGGUCAGAAACGUGCCGCUAUCCGCGGCUCAGACCAAGACCGCCUUGGCGAAUGCACUGAGGUACUUUCCUCAACGGGUUCAUCACAUACUGGCCACAGAAUUCGCCGAGGAACUCAGAGACUACGGCCAUAUCUACAUGUAUCGCUUCAUGCCGUCUCAGCAUCUCAAAGCGCUUCCUAUCGAUGAGUACAAGGCAAAAAGCCUUCAGGCCGCCGCGAUCAUGCUCAUGAUCUGCAACAACCUCGAUCCUCAAGUGGCACAAUUUCCCGAGGAACUUGUCACGUACGGUGGCAACGGACAGGUUUUCUCCAAUUGGGCGCAGUUUCGGCUAGUCAUGCACUACCUCUCAAAGAUGACCGAUAGUCAAACCUUGGUAAUGUACUCUGGGCAUCCUCUGGGAUUGUUCCCCUCAACGAUAGGGGUUUCACCCCGGGUCGUGAUCACAAACGGCAUGGUGAUUCCGGGAUAUUCCACACCCGAGGACUACGACCGGAUGUUUGCCAUGGGAGUCACAAUGUACGGCCAGAUGACGGCGGGGAGCUAUUGCUAUAUCGGACCGCAGGGCAUCGUACACGGCACAACAAUAACCAUUAUGAACGCUGGAAGAAAAUAUCUGCAUCUGGAAUCCUUGAAAGGUAUCGUUUUCGUCACGUCCGGCUUGGGUGGCAUGUCCGGUGCUCAGGCGAAGGCCUCAGUGAUAGCGGGCGCCGUGGGAGUCAUCGCAGAAGUCAACAAAGAUGCUCUCUUGAAACGAUAUCAGCAAGGUUGGUUGCACGAAAUUUGCUUUGAGCUGCCAGACUUGGUACAACGGAUCAAACGUGCGAAAAGAGAUGAGCAAGCCACAUCAAUCGGUUUCCACGGGAACAUCGUCGAUCUCUGGGAGUACCUGGCUCAGGAAGCCGAGGAGAGUGGCGAACUUCUGGUGGAGCUAGGAUCCGAUCAAACCUCCUGCCACAAUCCUUUCAAUGGUGGCUACUACCCCGCUGAACUCACCUUCGAGGAGUCUAAUGAAAUGAUGACGAAGGACCCCAGCGGAUUCAGGAAAUUAGUUCAAAAGAGUUUACGUCGGCAUGUAGCAGCUAUCGACGCCCUGGCGGCGAAAGGGAUGUGCUUCUGGGAUUACGGGAACGGAUUCCUCCUAGAAGCUUCGAGAGCUGGUGCUGAUGUCGGCCAGGAUGGAAUCCGCUUCAAAUAUCCGUCAUACGUACAAGAUAUUAUGGGAGACAUUUUCUCGAUGGGUUUCGGACCCUUCCGAUGGGUAUGCACUUCGGGCGACUCGGAUGAUUUACAGUUGACAGACAAGAUCGCCUGUCAAGUACUCAGAGAGCUCCUGAACUCCGACGUCAGUGACAACAUCAAAUGUCAGUAUUCGGAUAAUAUUCGCUGGAUUGAAAAAGCUUCGCUGAACAGCCUCGUCGUCGGAUCUCAAGCCAGAAUUCUUUACUCGGACCGGAGGGGGCGAAUGAAAAUCGCUCAAGCUCUUAAUGCCGCUGUCAAAACACAGAGACUCAAGGGUCCCGUCGUUCUGAGUCGCGACCAUCACGAUGUCUCAGGAGUCGACAGUCCAUUCCGCGAGACUUCAAACAUAUACGAUGGAUCCGCCUUCACAGCGGAUAUGGCAGUUCAGAAUUUCGUGGGAGACGCUCUUCGUGGAGCUACCUGGGUAGCUUUACACAACGGUGGAGGCGUUGGAUGGGGACAGGUCAUUAACGGUGGUUUCGGAAUGUUGCUGGACGGAUCUGUCGAAGCGCACGACAGGGCAACGUGUCUACUGUCGUGGGACGUGAACAACGGAAUCGCUCGACGAGGAUGGUCGGGCAACAGCUAUGCUCUCGAGACGAUUCGCGACGCGAUGGAGGAGGAUCCUUCUCUCGAAGUCACUUUGCCGCACGCAGCCUGCGAGAACGAAGUGGAGAUCGCCGUCAAAAAAUGCUUCAAGACCGCUCAAUGAUAGAUAGAGCCAGGAUCGAGAGGCUAACAGGGUUGAUCGAAGUUACAUAGUUCAUAUCUAGGUAAAUUGACGUGAAUCAAUAAAUGUUUUGUCUGUGCACAACUUCUU